AUGAACGCGAAGAAGGAGAAGAAAGAUAAGAAGGGGUCGAAGAGCAGCAAGAAGGGAGGCGAGCAGCACCUCGACUUGGCGAAGCUGAAGGACAAGAAGGACAAGAAGGCCGAGAAGAAGGAUUCGAAGAAGACGCCUCGUGAUGGAAAGACCCCGCGAACUGACUCCAAGUCUCCGCGUGACUCCAAGCCGCGUCCCACGUUCGAGGUGCCGGAGGAGAUGGACGAGUGGGUGAUCUCGGCCGAGAAGUUGCCCAACGCGGAGCCCGAGGACAAGACGCACCACCAGGAACAUGAAGAGGAAGAGGUGAAGGGCAAGGGCAAGGAGAAGGUUGAAUCCAGGAAGCCCAUCCCCACCAUCACGACGUCGACCUCCGAAGUGAAGGACGACGCGAAGAAGAAGACGACGAAGAAGAGCGACAAGAAGACGAAGACCAAGGAUGCCGAUGAGGAGGUGGCGGUCGAGACGGAGAAGAAGGCGGCGGCCAAGGCUGAAGUGGCGGAGGAGGACAAGAACGAAAACGGAAGUGGGGCGAAGAAGGCCAAGAAGACGGCGAAGGGAGAGAAGAAGGAGAAGGACGACAGCGGCAAGAAGAAGAAGAAGGUCAAGUCGGACGAGUGA